GAGGAAUUUGAGGUGUGAAUGGUCAUUAACAUAUCUUUUGUUUCCAAGGGUGGGAGAGGUCUGAGGUGUGAGUGCUCAUUAACAUUUCUUUUGUUUCCAAGGGUGGGAAAGGAAUUUGAGGUGUGAAUGGUCAUUAACAUAUCUGUUGUUUCAAAGGGUGGGAGAGGUCUGAGGUGUGAAUUGGUCAUUACAAUGUGUGACAAGCUUGGUAGGAACAUCCUGUGUUCAGUGUUUUGUCCAUUUGAGUACCUU